UUGCUUGUUAGAUUAUUUUUAUUAAUAAUACGGCAUGUUGUCUUUUUCCAACACAUAUCCUACCGCUUUAGGUUCUUGUUUUGUUUAAAAGUAGACGUUUUCAUAAUAUUCAGAGAGGGACAUUUAAGUACUUUUUAGGAGGAAGCUACUACUGAAUUUAUUUUUCAACUCCUUUUCAAAGACUCUUAGGUGGGCUGGCAAACGUGUUAUAUGGGUGGAGUCAUAGAAGAUUCAAUGUACAUGAAAAAGACUGCAAAGGAUCAGAAAUACUUCAGACAUACUGUAACACAUUGUCAUAUCCAUUCAUUUUAUAGCACUGUAAUAAUUAAGAGCUGAAGACGAUCCGCCACUUUAAGGAGGAGGAAAAUAGCUGUGACAAACAAUGGAGCUCUCAGAACAGAUGAUGUUCAGCAAUAGCUCAUGCCCUAAUUUCCAGUACAAGAAGGAGUUCUCAGUCUGGUUCAGUAUAUUUUACACUGUUCUUUGCAUUGCUGGAGUAUCUCUGAAUGGUCUGGCAUUGUACAGCAUCCACAAAAGAAAGGAGAAGAUCACCUCCUCGCUGCUUUACCUCAUCAACCUAACUAUGGCUGAUUUUUUCUUUGCCUUUCUUUUGCCACUGAGAAUAGUUUAUUUUGCCAUGGGGUUCCGAUGGAAGCUCGGCGAAGCUGUGUGUAGAAUAUCUGGGUAUCUCUUUUACCUCAACAUCUACUCGGGCAUAAACUUCAUGGUGUGUCUCAGUGUUGACCGCUACAUUGCUGUGAUGCAUCCAAUUACAUUGCAGCGCUUCAGGAAUGUGUCAUUCGCUAAAGGGAUCUGUAUCUUCGUCUGGAUCUUUACCUGUGCUGUGAACAGCAUCACUAUGUUCCUACCUAACCUGUAUGUCAAAAACGGCACUGAUGAACUGUGCAUGGAGUACUCCACUCUUCAAAACAACCCUGGUUUACCUGGAAAAGUGCUGAUUUCAUGCUUGGUGUCAUAUUGUUUGCCUCUCCUCAUCCUGUUUUUCUGUUACUGGUGUGUGGGGGUGAAAGUGUGCCAGAUGUUUUGGAAAAAUCCUGUAAGGAAUAAGCCUGGCAGAUUCCACAGAAAGUCUCUCCGAAUCAUUGUAGUGGUGCUGCUCGGAUUCUGCCUCUGUUACACCCCUUACCAUGUCAAUCUGGCCCAGCACAUGGUAAAAGUACUUAGGGGACCUGUUGCCUGUGACACCCAUCAGACUUUCAAGGUGUACCUGCAAAGUACAAUAUCUGUGAUGAACCUGAGCUUCUUCUUCGAUCCCUUCAUCUACUUCUCAGCAUUCAGGAAUCAUAGGCUCUUUGCUUUUAAAUGCCAGACUCGCAGGGUAAUUGAUAAUCCAUCAUCAUCAUCUAAGACCAGCUCUUCUGGAACAGAUUAAAUUUUGAUUAGAAUUAGACUUUUUCCCAGAAGAGGAAGCUGUUUAACAUAUUGAGAGAUUUGAAUAUCUAUAUCUAUAUAUUAAAGGAAAUAACAAAAUGCACACAUG